CACUAAAGAGCUCGAUAGAUUGAGUGGCUAGAGAGGUCGGAGACAAGUGGAUGUAGAAGUCGGGCGGACCCGGAACCCAGCGGAAUCGGGACCAUGACUUAUGCUUAUCUCUUCAAGUACAUCAUCAUCGGGGACACAGGUGUGGGGAAGUCAUGUCUCCUCCUGCAGUUUACGGACAAGCGGUUCCAGCCGGUCCACGACCUCACAAUAGGUGUGGAGUUUGGAGCCCGUAUGGUCAACAUUGAUGGGAAGCAAAUCAAGCUGCAAAUAUGGGAUACGGCUGGGCAAGAAUCCUUCCGUUCUAUCACCCGUUCCUACUACAGGGGAGCAGCGGGAGCCCUGCUGGUGUAUGACAUUACAAGGCGUGAAACCUUCAACCACCUGACUUCAUGGUUAGAGGAUGCCCGGCAACACUCUAGCUCCAACAUGGUUAUCAUGCUGAUUGGGAAUAAAAGUGAUCUAGAAUCCCGAAGAGAUGUUAAGAGAGAGGAAGGAGAGGCCUUUGCUCGGGAGCAUGGUCUUAUUUUCAUGGAAACUUCAGCCAAAACAGCCUGCAAUGUUGAAGAGGCCUUCAUUAACACAGCCAAAGAAAUAUAUAGGAAGAUCCAGCAGGGUUUAUUUGAUGUUCACAAUGAGGCUAAUGGCAUCAAGAUUGGUCCCCAACAGUCAACUUCAACAUCAUCGGGACCCAGCGUCUGCCCACGGAAUCGUGACAUAGCGGCCAGUUCUGGCUGCUGCUGAACAUCUGAUCUGGACUUUUUUUUUUCUUCUUCCUGAAACAAUUUCAGAUCAAUAGGCUUAAAGAAAGAGGUCUUACUCACUUUGA